AUGGAGCAAGGCCAGCCCAGAGUGGACUGCCAAGCCUACGCCCAGACCAUGACGAGCAACCAAGCCAGGGUGUUCGAAGGCCCCGAGAAGGUUACCCCAAGGGACGCCGACGAGCUCAACGUGGAGCGGCUCGCACACGUGAAGAUCGCGGAGGCGCUGGAGGCGGCGGCGCUGGCCGUGGGCGACCACCCCGUGGAGCGGUCCGACGCCGCGGCGAUACGAGCGGCGGAGGCGCGCGCCGUCGGCCCGGGAGCGACCAUCCCCGGCGGGGUCGCCGAGCAGGCGGAGCAGGCGGCGGAGUCCAACGCCACGGUCGAGGACGACGAGGACAAGGUCACUAUCGCCGACGUCCUUAAGUGGAACGCGACGGCGAAGCUGCCGACGGACAAGGCGGUGACGAGGGAGGACGCGGCGGCCGCGGUGGAGUCCCCCGGUGAGGCGACCAAGCCAUACGGCGUGGGGGCGGCGCUUACAGAGGCGGCGAGGCACAACCAGGACGAAUCGUGGUAA